AGAGGAUAACUGUGAUCAGAUUGCUAUAUGGUUGAAUGCAAGGGCACAACAGACGAGUUGGACAUCUUAACCCACCUAGCGUAGAAUACUAGCAAAAAGUGACUCGUUGUAGGGUAAACAGGGCCACAGCAUAUGAUCCAGACAGUUUGGCAUAGCGCACAAGGCGCUGCGUGCUAACCGUAGCAAAUUUUCGAGCACGGUUUUGAGUUGGCGGACGGGUUUGACCUUGGGUGCUCAGCGCUUGGGUGCUGCCCGUGUCCGCGUCGGGCGGUAUGAUGUUGCGCAGCCCUGGACGGCCACCACCACGACUACCGACUGCUGCAGUUGUGCUAGGAGGCUGCCUUCUACAGUUACAUAGUGCAGCUGCAUCUGGCGCGAAUGUGGCCCACCUGACACGCGGCCAAAUCAUUGGCGUUGUUCUGGGAAGCAUCGGUUGUGCGCUGCUGCUUGGACUUCUCACCUGCGCAUGUUGCUGCCUCUGGCACUCGGCUCGGAGACGACAAACCGGUGACCUCACAUGGGAAAAAUACCCGGAACUGGAAUCCGUGAGGGUGUCACAUGUGGCCUUGCCGGAUGCCUCCGGCGCUGGUUUCGGAGACCCAGGGGCGCCAGCAGCAGCAGCCGUAAGCACCGCUGGUGGCCUCAGUGUCAGCGGCGUCGACAGCAGUCGGCUGGUUCUGCCGGUUGCGGUUGCAGCUGGGGACGACAUGCCGCCGGCGCCCUCGCCUGACUCUCAGACGCAGACGAAUAAGCGCGGAUCCCGUGGCGGGAGGUCGACUGGCGGCGGGUCCCUAGUUGCGCAGCUGCUGCUGCAGCGCAGGACGUUGGGAGGCGCGGCGAGGCAUGUCGUUGGCUUCAAGGAGAAGGACAAGCAUCUUGAGGUCUCGAAAUCAGCCCGGGUCGAGCCCUCGGCCGAGUUGGAAAUGACCAUACCCCUAGAGGCCGCGGCCACCAACAUGGGUCCCCCGCUGUCCAAGUCCUCCAUGCUUCUUCGCUGGUUGCAUGGCGCUGAGGACGACUGCGACGAGGCCGUAGCAGCGCAGCUGGCAGCAGCAAGCAACACUGGCGGCGCUGCUUCCGGCGCCGUGGCCAGGAGCCUGGGAGCCGCCUCUGCCCAUGUGAUGAAUUCCGUGAGCGCUGGAGGUGCGGGAGUGGGCAUCUUCUCGGAUAGGAUGCCGCUGCUGUCGCUGGCGGCGCAGCAGACGGGAAUCGUGUGGAGCAAGAUGCCUCCGUCCGUGGCAUCCUCUCCAGCGGUGUCGGUGACGGACGGCUCCCUGUCGCGACACAUGCUCAAGGGUACAAUGAGGCGCUCCGAUGCACCCGACGGGGCCGAUGUUGCCGGCGGCGGCAAGGACGGUGCCAACGGCUUGGACGGAGACGACCGCUACCCUGCCAGCCUCCGACAACUCCCUGUGGACUUGCUCUCCCAGCGGAGACCGGGAGUCAACCAACGAGCCCUGACUGGCAUCGUGUUUGACCACGUGACCGCCGUCCCCUCCUCCGCCCGUGCUGGUACCCCGCAUGUGGGCGCAAACAGGGGUGUGUUUGCGAGCAGCGCGCCCGCGCCCGCGCCAGCAUCACGGGCGGGGCUGCCACCCAUCCCUCCUGCGCAUGCGCCAGCACUGGUAGCAGCCUCGAGUGCAGCGAAGAAGGCUGCGGUGGUGGGCCCUACGCAGGCGCUUGUGCUUGCGGCGUUGGGUGGGGAUCCUUCUGAUCAGCAGCAGGGGCAAGAGGCUUCUCUCCCGGUUCCCUGGCUUCACCAGACGCCUCCUGCGCAGCUGGCACCCCUGCAAGAAGAAGACUCCUGUGAGACAGACGUCGCAGUUACGCCGUUGCGCCGGCGACCCUCAAUCACGCAGAGAUCCGCGGGCGGCCAUCUGCAACCCAUGCCGGUUCCGGAGUUUUACCUACCCUCCAUGGGCUCAGUGCCGCCUGCCAUGCUGCCCCUCACCCACCUAUCUCCCGUUCCCUCCUUGGACCCGCCCAUGGAGGUAUUGGAGGAAAUGGAGUUUUCCGAGCAGCAGUCCCUCUCGGGUGUCCGCAGGUUUGCUAGCGAUGCCGCUGCCGUUGCGGCAUCCCUGCCACCCGACCUGGGAGCGACCCGCUCCGGGACCGCAGGGCUCAUGAUUCGGCCCUGGCAGAGCUCCAACGAGAUCGCCGGAGGGCUGUCUGACGCCAAACAGACAACUGGCGGGGAGCGUCCUCCUCGCUGCUCCUCAGCGUCCUCGUGGGGCGGCCCUCCCUCGGCCUCCCCGCCGUCGCCUUUCCUGCCGGGGCCCCCGGGUGUUGGCGGCGGUGGUGACGAAGACCGCAGCCUGAGCGGUGAAGGAGCCGGCAUACCGCCACCGCCUCCUCUUGGUGGGCCGCAGCAUUACCCUACUCGCCAUCAGCACCUGCCAUCAGACGUUAGCUUAGUCAUGGGCAUGGGGCCUGCUCCGCCUGCUGCCUCCGCGGCGGGUUCUGAGAGCGGCGAGGCACUCGCUGCUGGGGUUGUGGGUUGGCGGCGGCCCUCACACCACCCACAGGAGCUGCGCCCCUCCAUGUCUGGCAGCUCCAGGUCGCCAUCUGUGGUGUCUCCGUCCAUGGGACUCCACUUCCCGGAGUUGCCGGAUGGCUGGCGGCACGACCGGGGGGGCGGAGACGGCUCCCAGCCGCCAGCCGCCGCUAGCCGGGCGGCUCCGUCAGCACAAGGGCAAGUUAUGACGCUGUCCAAGGGUACGGCUCAGAUGCAGGAGGAUCCAGCGGCGGCAUCGUUUCUAGCGGUUCGUGAGAGUGGAGUGGACGGAGUGGGUGGGAGCGGAGGCGGUGGCAGCAGCAGCGGAGGAGGAGGAGUGGCGCCGCUGCCACCGCGCUCGCGAGUGGGGCGUGGUCCACUCAAGGAUGGGGGCGGUGCAUGGGCGCGACCUGCUUCUCCUGAGCUUGGGGGACUGGAAAACUCGUGAGUAAGAAGGCAACGGACACGUUGUUGGGUGACUUUUGCACGUGCAAUGCCAUAGCCUGCAUGUGUGGCAUGUAUGGAUGCGGCGUAGGGUGCUGAUUCUUGCCUGAUGUCUAGAUUGACAGGGACUGUACGGGGUGAGUGUGAUCUGUACGGCAAUGACAGGUAUGACGUUGCGGGCCAAACUGUAUCCGCAUGACUUGACGUGGUUGGCGCAUGGCAUGCAGUUUGUCAAUGCGGGGUUAUGUGCUGGUGUUGUUUGAUGUGUGAACCGAAUAGCGGCGGCAACUUUAAAUAACGGCGACUACGUUCCUUCUGUGCGAAGUGUCAGUAGGCCGUGAGACUUUCCAAUUCGUUCGUAAUCGUAAUCGCCCCGUGCCAUGCGCAUGUGCAAGAUCGUCAUUAAGGGGCAAUCUUGGUCGUGACCCGUGUACGUGACGCUUGCGCUCUGGGCUAUCAUUGCACGUGAGCGGACACUUCAUGCUAGGAUGGCAAGUGGUAAGGGGGUGCGUUUACACUCGUGCACCUCCCAAUCACCGUGAGCAGCUUAUCCAUUUCCUGAUUCGAGGCAAGAGGGUUUGAAUGUUUAUAUCAUGACAACAGUGUUGCGGUUCGUAAGACAGCAAGCCGUGCGCGCAAGGGGCAGAGUGCACGAUUAAGGAUGGGUACUGAGAGUGACUGGGAGUUUCAGUAUGUGCAAGGACACCAUGGCCAGAGGCACAUGCCGUAAGACAAAAGGCGGGGACACGUUUUUAACAGAUAGCAGGUUAUGCCACAUGGACAAAUCCGGCCAGUGCGAUCCACUGUACUGAUAGUACGAUGGACUAGCCCUAGCACCGUACACUACUGCUCAAGCAACGCUCUGGGUAGGCUUCUGAGUAUGAUACCUCCAGCCCUAGGCUUUAUGGAAGAGUUGCUGAUCCAGACGCUACGAUCUGAUUGCCGUCGUGUUUGCGUUUCCGUGCCAGGGAUGCACAUACGUUGAUCGCUCUUAACUUGGUCUUUGCGAAUUGCUUCAUUAUCCUUUGCACUAAUCUAGAAGAGAUGUGCCAAUAGUAUCAGACUUUACAGUCCCGUUUUGAGUAACAAUGGCCACCGCGGAGGAGCUUCGCGUCUUCCAGCGAAGGCUCGGCGAUUACAAAGAAGCAAAGUCGAGGAUUCUUGAGAAGUGGAGAGCGGACUGCAAUGUACUGCUCAGCACCGAAACGCUGAAAGAUGGCUGGCCCGAGCAGCUUUCAUCGAUCCUCCCAGACGCUUUCAACUUCCUCCAAGAGCACGGACUCAUCAACUUUGGUGUUGUGGCACAGUCAGUGCCAGAGCCUGAGGCAAAGGCCACAGCGGCGGCGGAGGCAGCAGCAGAGGAUAAUAAGGACAAGCAGAAGGAAGAGGAUGGGGAACCGAAGAAGCCGAGCAAAGCCGCCAUCGUGGAGAUGCUGUACAAAAUCCUCCGUGCAGCAGACUUCUCGGUCAUGACGGAAAAGAAGAUCCGGGCGCAGCUGGAGGCCGAUCUGGGUUGCGACAUGGCGCCGUACAAGGCCCUCAUCCGUAAACACGUGAUGCACGUGGUAAACCAUUUGGACGAGCGGGAAACCCUGGAGCCGCUACCGCUCAGUGACGAUGAUGGGGACGAGGGCGGCAGCGGUGAUGGUGAGGAGGAUGCGAAGAAGGAGAAGAAGAGCAAGGGCAAGGCGGAUCAGAAGCAACCACAGCAGCAGGCUGCAGGAAAGGAGAAGCAGCAGCCACAGCGGCCGCAUGUAGUGGUCGUGGGUGCAGGCUUGGCCGGCCUGGCAGCUGCGAAUGUGCUGCAGCGCAACGGUGUCCAAGUGACGGUCCUCGAGGCACGGGAUCGAGUGGGCGGCCGCCUAGCGGAGCUCUCUUCCGCUGCUGCUGCUGCUGCCUCCGCAGCCGCAAGCAGCAGCAGCUCCGCAGCCCCCGUCGCUGCCCUUGCGGCUAGCAGCAGCUGCUGUGGACUAGCCUCCUUGUCCUUCCCUGUUAUAGCAGAAGGAGAAGCAGAAGGCGGCGAAGCAUGCAGGUGGCCUUCUGGUGCCUCGGCACUUAACACCCUCUGCCGACAGCUGGGCAUCCAACCGGCGACGCUUCCAGUGGGCAGCAGCAACAGCAACAGUAGGCCUCGGUUGUACGACUGGCUUCCCGGGAGGGAAGCUGAAAAGGCGGGAGCGUCGGGAGACGAUGCUGCUGCUGCCAGUGUGGAGGGUGCAGGGGCGCGGAUAGUUCCGGAGGACGUUCAGGUGGAGGCUGAGGGGCUUCUGUACGAGCUUCUAGAGGAUGUACGGCGUCGUCUGGACGAGCAAUCAAAGGACGCGGCUGGCAGCGUCCCACCACAGCAGCAGCAGCCUGGGAGUGCGCACGGGUCCUUAGCGGCGGAGCUGGAGGCUGCAUUAGCGCGGCUGCUGGGAGGGCCGGCUGGGUCAUCCAGCGGCAAGGGAGCAGCUGCAACUACCAAUGGCGGUGGUGCUGCUCUUGGCGGUGGAGAGGUGUCAGCAUCAGAGUCGAAGAAGCGGCCCGCGGCAGCGGCUGAAGCAUCAACAUUAGAAGCAGCGGACGCAGCAGCCGCAUCUGCCGAGGGUGCUCCGCCGUCUAAGCGCAGCCGCAAUAGCCCCGAGGGCGCUACAGAGGAAGAGCAGCAACCGCAGCAGCAGCAGCAGCAAGAAGGGAAGGAGGGCGCACCUAAGGGGGGCGACGAGCCCAUGACAGAUGCCUCCUCAGGCGGGGAGGCUGGAGGACAGAAGAAGGUGGCGGACGGACAGGACGAGCAGCAGCCGUCGGCAGCAGCAGCAGAUACAGUGGCCAAGAAGGAGGAGGGCGGUGCUGGGGCUGAGGCGGUGAAGGAGGCAGUCCCCGACGGCGGUGAUGUUGAUGCCAUGGAGGUGGCCACGCGUGAGGUGACGGAGACGGUGCCGGAGGAGAGGGAAAAGCCGGCGGAGGUCAAGGACGAGGCAGCGGCAGAGCCCACUGGGAGGCAGAUUCGGCCGGAGGUUCUCCACGUGCUCCGAAACCACCUGUUUCCUCUCCUGGAGCUCCAGCUGGGACCCGCAGCAGCGCCUCUUGCCGCCACUGGCGUGCAACAGCUGCAGCUAUUGCCUCGGCUAUCGGCUGGCCUAAACAACCCUCAGCAGCCGCUGCUGCUACUGCCACCCCCACCCCCACCAGCACCUUCUCAGCAAGAGAAGCUGUCAUCAACCGAAAGGACAAGAGCAGCAGUAGCAGAGGGCAGCGGUGCUGUUUCGGCAGCAGACGGCAGCAGCAUCAAUGCGCAGUGUGCGGAGCUGUCCCCAGCUGACGCGUUGAAGCUGGCGGAGUCGCUUGCUGCGGGGCUUGAGGCGGUGCGCACGGGCGUGGAGGUGACGGCGGUGGCGGUGACUCCCAGCGGCGUGUCCGUGACCACCAAGACAGCUGGCGUUAUUAAGGCAGCAGCGGCAGUACUCGCAGUGCCUCACGCCGUACUGCAAUCUGGAUCCAUCUCCCUGGAUCCAGCGCUGCCGUCGUACCGUACGGCAGCAGCCGCCCGUGUUAGCGGCGGCUCUGCCGUACUGUUGUACAUGGGCCUCCCUACCGCCGCUGCAACUCCUGAUGCAGCAGCCGUCAGCAGCGGCCCCCUCGACCUCUUAGCCUUGGCUUGUGGCGGCAGUGGGGAAGCUGGGAAAGGGCAAGCACUGCGGCCAUUCUAUGUCGGAGGUCUGAAUGCAGCGGCAGCAGCCCCAGCAACAGCUGACGGAGGGCCUUCCGGUUUGGGUUUUGCGUUCUGCCCGCUUACGAAACGCUCUGGGAAGGAUGCUGGCAGCGAGGAUAUGGGUGGCGGCAGCAGCAGUGGUACGGCAAUGGUGGUUGCUCACGUGUCGGCUUCGGCGGUGCAUCAGGCGUGGCCGUUAUCAGACGCCGAGCUAGGGCGGCAAGCAAUGAGCGCCCUCAAGGCCGCUAUCAGCGCCGCUGCCGCUGCAACAGCAGCCAACGGGUCUAGCGAAGCCGCUAACGAACCCUCAGCUUCAGCAUCAGCCGCUGCAGCCUCCCUCCCGGACCAUCCGGCCUCCCUAGGCGUGGCUCGUUGGGGAGCAGGAGGCGCCGUCGGAGCUUGCGCGCAUCUGGGGCCGGGAGGUGACCCACGGGACAUGCAGCUGCUUGCGGUUCCGCAUAAGGGCCGCAUCUUUUUCGCGGGCGAGCACACCGCCCCCGAACAGCUCCGAAACGCCGGACUGCUUUCCGCACUGCUCGGCAGCGGCCUUCGGGAGGCAGCCCGGACGCUCAAGGCGCUGCAAAACGCGGGCGCCAUCAGCGGCAGCGGCAGCGCCGCCGCUGCCGCGGCUACCAAGGCGGCUGCCGGCGGCAGCAACAAGGGUGCCAAGGGGAGCAACGGCAGCAGAAGUGCGCUGGAGGUUGGGGAUGAGUCGUCACUGGCUGAUCUCGAAGCCGCUGCUGCCGCCGCUGCUACCGCCGCUGCGGCGGCGGCUAAGGAGGCUAAGGAAGCCAAGGGCGCCAGCGGCGCCGGCGGUGGCAGCAACAAAGCUGCAGGGGACAAGGAGGCAAAGCCGAAGACUAAGGGGCGUGUGAAGGUGGGCUCGUCCUUGCCCUUGGAUUCAGAUGAGGAGGAGGAGAAGGGGGAGGAGCCCAGCAAGAAGAAGGAGGCUGCCGCCGCUGCCAAGGCCGCCAAGCCUGCCAAAGGUGCAGGAGCAGCAGGGGCAGGGGCGGCGGGCGGAGCCAAGGGCAAAGCGGGGCAGAGUGGCAAGGCGGGCGAUGGCCGAGGAGGCAAGCGGAAAACGGUGAUGGACGAGGAGGAGGAGGAUGAGGAGAGUGAAGACGAGGAGGAGGAAGAGGAGGAGGAGGAGAGUGGCAGCGCUUCGGAAGAAGAGGAGGAAGAGGUAAAGAAGAAGGGGAAGAAGGGCGCCGCCGCGACCGUAGCAGCAGGUGGGCAGCGGAAAGCAGAGGGCGGCAAAAAGGCCGAGGGGGCUGAGAAGCAGAAAGGAGAGAAGGCCAAGAAGAAGGAGAGCAAGGGCGACAAGAAGACGUCACAGCAGCAGAAGCGCAAGCGCGGGGCCGCGGAGGGAAGCGAGGACGGUGAGGAGGGCGCUGCUGAGAGCAGUGAGGAGGAAGAGGAGGAGGAGGACGGCGGUGCUGCUGAGGAGGGAGGUGGCAAGCGGCAGAACAGGGGCGGGCGUGCAAGGGGCAGCGAGCGUGAAAAGGAGCGCAAGGAGGACGCUGCGCAGAUUGCCGCGCUUGAAAAGCAGCGGCGGCUGCAGGCGGCUGCUAAGGCGCAGGCGGAGCGGAAGGACCUCAAGGUGGUCUACAAGGCCAUGAUGGCGGCUGGAAACGGCAACCUGGGUCCGCUGCGGGAGCAGAUGUCCAGCUGUGCGGGCCUGGACGCCAAGCAGAUCAUGUUGCAGGCGCUGCAGGGUUGCAGCCAGCCGGUGCUCCAGCUGCUGUCGCACGACAGCCAGGCGCUCACCUAUCUACACGGCUGGCUGGUGGAUUUCUGUGCGGAGUCCUCCGCAGAGCACCUUGUGCUCUCAGAGCUGAAGCUGCUGGAGAGGCUGCCCUUCUCAGCAGAUGCCCUGGUCGCAGCGCUGGCCCCCCAGCAGCCGCAACAAGCCGCCGCCGCCGCCGCCGCCGCCGCUGGGGGAGAAGACGAGGCUACUGUUGCAGAGGGCGGUGCUGUUGACGGCAGCGGCGGUGGGGGUGGAGGUGGCGGUGCUGCGGCUGUCGUGGUGGUGAACCCCGUACGACAGCUCCUGACGGCGGUACGGGAGCGCUGUGUGGCGCAUCGUGGGAAGGAUGUACGGCGCGUGGCGACACAGCUGAUGACCUUGUGGGAGCGGAGAGCAGCCUCAGCCACCGGGGCACCCACCCACGGCCGCCUGCCGCCUCCCACGACAGACAACAAGGCGGCCCCGCAUGCGGGCCCCGGCGCAGCAGCCGCACCCUCCUCCGCGACAGCAGCCUCGGCUUUAGGCCCCGGCGGGCUGCCCCGGCCACCUCUCUUCAACCCCCGUAGCCUGGUUUCCCUCCGCACCACGCCGCCUCCCUCACAGGCGGCUGCUGCGGCGGCGGCUGCGGCGGCGGCUGCCACUGCAUCCCAGCAGCAGCCCGCUGCGUCCCUAGGCAGCCGACCCGCCCCUCCUUCCCGACCACCCGCCUCGCAGCCUCAACAGCAAGCCAGUGGGACUGGCAGCGACCUCUCGGCGCCUCCGGGUUCCGAAGCAGCAGCGGGUGUGCAUCUGGACCCGGAGAUCGAGGCGCGGCUGCAGGCGGCACGGGCGGCAGCGGAGGCGGCACGACAGGAGGCAGCGCUUGCGGCACAGCGACGAGCGGAGGUGCUACAGGAGGCUCAAGCCGCUCCUGGAGUGCGGCCCGCAGCGCUCCCCGAGAUCGCCACAUUCGAGGACUACAAACGCAUCGAGCGAGGAGGCAGCGGUGGGGCAGGCAACAACGGGGGCAGCGGCAGUGGCAGCAAGCAUCACAAGGAAGGCGGGGGCGGCAGCGGCAAGCACCACAAGGGCGGCUCCGCAGCUGCAGCUGCCGCGGCCAGCAUGGAGGCCCUGAAGUCGGAGGUGGUGGAGUGCACCAAGCAGCUGCUCAAGCGCCACCACAAGGCGGGCAAGAUUACCACGGCCAGCUACCGCCUCAUCCUGGAUAAGGCCACGCGCAAGGUGUUUGAGACGCUGUCGGGGUCGUCGGCAGCAGCCGGCGCCGGCAGCGGAGAUGGCAAACGAGACCUGCUGGGCGCGAAGCGGCGCGAGAAGAUCAGCAAGUUGGUCGAGCAGUAUGUCCAGAAGAUGGGGCAACAGCCACCACAGGAGCAGCAGCAGCAGCAGCCGUCACAGCAACCACCGCAACAGCAGCAUGACGGCCAACAACAACAACAACAACAACAACACCAGCAGCUGUCACAGCAGCAGCAGCAACAGCCACCGCCGCCGAUUUCACUUCCACCGCCGCCGGUUUCACUUCCGCCGCCGCCACCGCCGCCGCCGCUGCAGCAGCAGCAGCAACCACCCCUGCAUGUGUUGGGGAUGGGGAUGGGAAUGGGAAUGGGAAUGGGAGUUGGCAUGCUGGGAAUGCCGAUGUUGCAGCAGCACCAGCAGCUGCCCCCACCACCGCCGCUGCUGGGGCCGUUGCAGCAGCAGCUGCCGCUGCCGCCUCCACCACCACCGCCUCUACCUUCCUUCGCACCUGCGCCCGGCUUCGGCAUGGGAGGCAUGUCAUCAGCUCCCCCAGGCCUGUCGUGAUGCCGUGGGUUGGGAGAAGGUUGUGGUUGGUUGCGUGUGACGGGCGGAGCAGUCGUUACAGUAAGGCGCGUGGUAGUUCCUGAUUACAGGUGCUGGACGGGGGUGGACGGUCGGUCGGGUCCUAUGUGGCGCAGCUCGGUUCGGGAUGCCUUCGGUCAUGUGAAAUGCAGAUAAGACGAGGACUCCAGGGGCGAGGAGGGAAGGUGGCAGGGACUGAGGUGCGGGGCACGGAGGUUCGCCAGGCCAGAUGUGGGCUAGGAUGGGUGGAGGGGUAUGGUGGCGGCAGCAGCAGAUGCCGUAUACAAUUGUGACAUCUUACGCUGGUUCAGUACAGGAGGCCUUGCCACGAUGCUGUGAUUUGGAUACGUGUUGGACAUUGACGUGUCGUUACAGGCGAGUAGCCUUGCGCCUGCGGUUGGUUGCGGCUAGCGGCAUGGGAGACGCCGAGACGGGACAUGCGGGAUGGCAUGGGGCCUGAAAAGAAGGCGUCGUACUUGUCACCGCGGACGACACUCACGCUGGCAAUGUACAGCCCAGGGAAACGAACGGAGCAUGUGUUCCUCACAACGAGAAGCCUUACAUGACCCGGAUGCAUAAGUUGCGGUUUUCACGAUAGCGUGGCACGCUUGAUUACAACCAUGUAAUCGCCGCAGAGUUCCACAAAGCCUAUUAAGCAUGUACUGAGCAUUGAGUAUCGUUAUGCAUAGCGCCAUCACCGCUGCACCGCAAUAGCCGGCUUGGCCAGCCCUAUCGUGUAGCACCUAGUUAGUACACCAGCCUGCUAUCUAGUAGCCGUUUCAGCGCCGGCAUUCGGGAAAGCAUGGUCACAGCCGCCUGCCUAGCCGGGCCUCUGCGACGUCGCGGCGCGUCGUAUCGCUUAUGGAAUCGCCAGCGUUUAUAGGGGUUACCGGGCGGCGCCUUUGGCUACCACAACCUGGUGCGGAGUGUCAUCUGGCCACAUUCCGCGUCGGCAUAAGUCCUCAUUCUCAGGCAGCCGACUAAUCCCUGGUGCUCAUGCCAGCACCGGCCACUCCUCAACCUUCGCAUCGGGUUGUCGAGUGGUAAGCCCGUAUUGCCACGAAAAGCCCCGCUCUCGUCCUGUGCGGCUUCUUGCUGGGAUGGCGAGCGACAUCGUCAGCGACAAGCUUUGUCGGGACGCUUCGGCUUGCCUGCCAUGGGUGCAUUGAUUGGGUUUACUUCAGUUGGAGCUGCAAUAUGGUCCUUCGCCGACUGUGUUGACUGUUUCACUUGUUCCAGCUUCAUGGCGGCUAUCUGGGGGGGGCGCUUGGCAGCCCUGCUCUUCCUGGGCGCCAUGUGCUUUAUUGCUGAGUUGACGCGUCUACAUGCCUGGUCGCGUCUGCAUACAGCGCAGCCGAUUAGGCAGCCCGGCAGGUUGGGGGCGUCCUGGCUUCUUGGCAUCUCUUGGUGUCCCAGCGCUGCCUUCUCCUCUGCAGUCCCCUUCCUUGUCCCAAUCCGAGUUCCAAUCAGCCCGUCCGCACAGCCAGCUUCGUUCGAAGCCCAGCCCGUCGUUGAUCAUUGCCUGAUUCUACAUCUUCUACAACCGGCAGCGUUCAGUCCUGCAGCACCCAAGGGUCCUGGCCAACCCGCAAGCCGCCAUAGCCACGACCUCUAUGCUGUACGGUCGUCGAGUGCACCACGGUUUUACCCACCAGCCGGUCACACCGUUGCACUUUGGCGCAGCAUUGCGGGUGCUGCUCUUGUGGCGGUGGCCUGCCUGGGCAUUACGGUUCUGUCGAUGGAGCUGCUUGGCGAUUGAGACACCACGACCUCCGAGGCCUUCUGAACCCUGGUUUGUCGUAGAUGCAGUCGUUAGGAUGUUGGUACUGGCGCUUUGGGGUACUAGCUGCGGACUGUGUGCUGGUUAUAGUGUCGUGCGAGAGGGGUUGCGUACAUACCUCAGUUCAUGCUCUCCGUCUGGGGGGGCGUACUGCGCUUACAUGUAGGACAGGAGGGCUGCUGCCUUGUACAUUAAGCCUUGCUGGGCCGUCACCGACGGUGAAUGUUCAUGCCAUACAGCUGCUCACAGACUGCCUUGCCGCAGCAGUGACCUGUUCAUGGUGCUUGUAUGCUUGCCUGUAGGGGCUUCUUUGUGACUAGUGUAUGCUGAAAGCCAUGCCAAGCCGCGUGGUCUUGAGUCGUUCAGGGUAGAUUGGUUGUAGGUCGCUUGAGGUCGGAAAAGGCACGCCGCGCCGCGUGGCCGUCAUGUUUGUUCAGGAUAGGAUUGACGUUGGUCAGCGUGCUUGCUUCUCCUGACUGGCGCGAGGAGAAGUCAGUUUGCAGUUACAGUCUAGGAUGUGGUGAUGAGGGGAUCUGCACUUAGGACAGAGCAUCUUGCCAUGUCUGCUUAGUUGUGCAUCAGCUGGUCUGUGUUCUUGGUUUGUAGCCGCGUGCCUUUCCCUUGCCGGAUUGGUGUUGCCAUGGCUAGUGCUUGCCUGCUGGCCCACGGGUCGGUGCGUGCUCAGUUUCUGCCGUACUAGCGGAUAGCGUAUUGCUUGCUCGUACCUACGUUAAUGUUCCGUUGACCGUACUCUCAUGCCGUUGCCUGUUUGACCUUGCCGGUCAUCAGUGUGAUCUGGGGUACUCCUUUUUUGUGUUCCGCCCUUGUGACUUCUUCCCUCGGGCGUGGGGGGGAGUGUCAUACCCCAUGCCAUUGUUUUGCUCAUUUCAGUCCUGGGCUUGACAGCUGUCGUGUCCUAACCAUGCGUAUGCGAAAUCAUGGUCCGUGGUUUCAGAGCAGGUCGGUUGGUUGCUUGCAUCGCCCAAGCAUGUCCAACUCGUAGGCACUUGCAGUUAUCUUUAUGUUUCUUUUUAUACCAGCGGUUGAGUGAUACCAGUGGUUGAGUUGCCGCGUUCGUGUAUCUGUUCGUUGUUGCUUCCCUGGAGCGACAGAUCUUGUGCCGCAGUCUUUGCCUUCGGAUUGCGCCUGGUCGGCUUUUUUCGUGGCCUCCAUGAUGCUUUACCGCAUGGUGGGAUUACAACCAUGUAAUCGCCGCAGAGUUCCACAAAGCCUAUUAAGCAUGUACUGAGCAUUGAGUAUCGUUAUGCAUAGCGCCAUCACCGCUGCACCGCAAUAGCCGGCUUGGCCAGCCCUAUCGUGUAGCACCUAGUUAGUACAGGCUGCUUUGGGAAUUCGCCAGGAACGGCCGGGUGAAACAUGUUAUUGCCCAGUCCGCCCAUUACAAUACCAGACCAUUCUAUGUUGGCAUCUUGGCAACCUACGUGGAACCUAAGGAGGCCAUGCGCGACUUUUUUUUCGAUAUGGACUG